GCAUCUCUUUUUAGGCCGUAGAGCUGCGGAGCUGAUUUUUGCUUUUCAUUUAUUUUUCCGGCGACUUGCUGAUCGGAGAAGACACCGGAGAUCGCUUUUGUGGAUUUGAAUUGAUCGUCUAAUGGCGUCUUCUAUGGCUGCGGUUGGAGUUCUCAGACUUCCGACGACGUCGGCGUCGUCGUCUUCGUCGUCGAACCGUGUUUCUAACCGUGCAAGGAGAAACAGCCUUCGAAGCCUCUCAUUCGGUGCGUCUCACAUUUCUGGUGAUAAGAUUGACUUUAGAGCUUCCGUUUUGGGAUCAAGACGUGUUUCCGGUGGUAACGCGGCCCCCUCGAUCGUUUCUCCAAAAGCGGUUUCUGAUUCCAAGAACUCUCAGACUUGCCUCGAUCCUGAUGCUAGCCGGAGUGUGCUUGGGAUUAUUCUAGGAGGUGGUGCCGGAACUCGGCUCUAUCCGCUCACUAAGAAGCGGGCGAAGCCUGCUGUUCCUCUUGGAGCGAACUAUAGGUUGAUUGAUAUUCCUGUUAGCAACUGUCUCAACAGCAACAUUUCCAAGAUUUAUGUUCUCACGCAAUUCAAUUCUGCUUCUCUUAAUCGUCACCUUUCCCGAGCUUAUGCGAGUAACAUGGGUGGUUACAAGAAUGAAGGAUUUGUUGAGGUUCUGGCCGCUCAGCAGAGUCCGGAGAAUCCAAAUUGGUUCCAGGGCACAGCUGAUGCAGUUAGACAGUACUUGUGGUUAUUUGAAGAGCAGAAUGUGUUGGAGUACCUAGUUCUUGCUGGUGAUCAUUUGUACCGAAUGGAUUACGAGAGAUUUAUUCAAGCACACAGGGAGACUGAUGCAGAUAUCACUGUAGCUGCUCUACCAAUGGAUGAAAAGCGUGCAACUGCAUUUGGUUUGAUGAAGAUUGAUGAAGAGGGACGCAUAAUUGAGUUUGCAGAGAAACCAAAAGGAGAGCAAUUGAAAACGAUGAAGGUUGAUACUACUAUUUUGGGUCUUGAUGAUGAGAGAGCGAAAGAGAUGCCUUUCAUAGCUAGCAUGGGUAUUUACGUUAUCAGCAAGGAUGUGAUGCUGAAUCUUCUUAGAGAUAAAUUUCCCGGAGCAAAUGAUUUCGGGAGUGAAGUUAUUCCUGGUGCAACUUCCAUUGGAAUGAGGGUGCAAGCUUACUUGUAUGAUGGAUACUGGGAAGAUAUUGGUACCAUUGAAGCUUUUUACAAUGCAAAUCUGGGGAUCACGAAGAAGCCAAUACCAGAUUUUAGCUUCUAUGAUCGUUCGUCUCCAAUCUACACCCAACCUCGGUAUUUGCCGCCCUCGAAAAUGCUUGAUGCUGAUAUCACAGACAGUGUUAUUGGCGAGGGCUGUGUCAUAAAGAACUGCAAGAUUCAUCAUUCUGUCGUUGGCAUUCGAACUUGCAUAUCAGAAGGUGCAAUCAUAGAAGACACUUUAUUGAUGGGUGCAGAUUAUUAUGAGACGGAUGCUGACCGUAGAUUAUUGGCGGCAAAAGGUAGUGUACCAAUUGGAAUUGGUAGAAACUCUCACAUCAAGAGAGCUAUCGUCGACAAAAAUGCUCGCAUCGGGGAAAAUGUCAAGAUCGUGAAUGGAGACAAUGUGCAAGAAGCAGCAAGAGAGACAGAUGGGUACUUCAUAAAGAGUGGAAUCGUGACAGUAAUCAAGGAUGCUUUAAUUCCCAGUGGCACUGUCAUCUAAACCACACCACAACAAAACACAACACAACCGACACGUUUUUCACUCAACUGGUGCCACUCUCCCUCUCUCUCUAUCUUCCUCAAUUUUGUUUCUGCCCUGCCCACAUAUUAUGUCUACAUACAUUUCUUUUGGUAGUAAAUGAAAAGCUUAGGAAGAGAAUCCCUCACUCCACAGUCCACUAGGCACUAUUACUUUUUUAACUUAUUUGUAGUCUGUAAAUGUCCCUUUUCUGCACUGAAUAAUUUCAUUUCUUCUUGUUCUUUUUGUUUACCCAUGACUAGUACUUCCAAAAUAAUCUUUUAAGGGACGUUUAGGA